AUGGCUCCGAUAUACGUUAACAGUGUUUAUUGACACGGUUGAUGCUUAAAUGUAUAUGCACAGGUGUUAAUCGUUGGCCUGAUCGGCGCUUGCCAUACCUGCUUCAACGUUGUGGGCGUGUACAACAACCUCGUUCAAAACUACGACAUACCGAGGAACCUGCGCAUUAUUCAUUGGUCUUAUGUCCUGGACCCCGUCACAACGUGAGUGUAAACAAGCUGACCUCGAAUACUGGAUAUAAUUUGAGACUGACAGACUCGUCACAUCGUGCCAUCUGCAGUGCCGUCGUCGCAGCCAUCGUCCAGGCAAGUCUUAUCCCAGGAGCUCGAUCGAUCCUAACGGGUGCGCAGCGACCCGGAACCGAAACGACUAAGCCCCAGGCCUACACCGAACCCCAACUUGCAGACCUUCUGCGCGUACCGCAUAUACAUCCUUUCGAAACGUUCAAUCCUUCUCCCCCUCUUGGUCGAAUUUCUGACGCUGGUCCAACUCGGCGUCGGCUGUUUCACGACCGGUUUCGCGUUCGAGCACGCGAUUUGGCCCGUCGUCGAGGCUCGUGUCUCCUGGGCCGUUUCAACUUGGCUCUUCAUGAUGGCCGGUACUGAUCCGAUAAUCACCGUGACGAUCGUGUCUGCUCGCUCGACGAAGGUCCGAUUUCACGGGUACGAAUUCGAUCAUCGACAACGUGAUUUGGUACACGGUCACGAACAACGGUAUAUCUACAUGAAGGUUCCUGAAGGAUGGACUGGUGGUUCUCAGCCCGGUCACGCUCUCAAGCUCCUCAAAUCCAUGUAUGGCACCAAGCAAGCUCCUCGGCAAUGGAACGCGGCUCUCCACAAGCUGA